AAUUAUUUCAAGUGAAAUUCAAAAGUGGAAGCGAGCGGUGUCUUUUGAGGAUAAUAUUUUCCCAGCAGACAAACCACCAUCAGUUAGUUUUUCCAGCCAAAUCCCGGGAGUAUCAUCAACUUUGCUCCUUUCUCUGAAACAGACAUGAAAUCCAUAUGUUUUUCCUUUGCAAUCGCUGCAGAAGCCAUCCCAAAUUCCAAUCAUCUUCAUCGUCCACUAACUCCUCCUUACCCCCCGUCAAUUCUAACCCCUAAUUUUCCUCUCAAAAGAACCCAAACUUCUCUCCUCCCUCUAAGAUCUCAAUCUUCUUCAGAGCCACCAGCGAAUCAACGAGGACAAGACCCAGAAAACCUAGUUGAAGACCUGAGAAUCCCGGACCACUGGUUACUCCCUUCAAAGGCCUUGGAGGAAUCCGAAUGGCUCAGAGUUACCCUGCACAAGUGGUUAGAUGAUGAAUACUGCCCAGAGGAAACAAAUGUGGAGAUCAGCAAUGUGGCUGCCCGCUCCUAUUAUCACUCUUUGUUACACAAACAAACCGACGUGGGUGAGAUUCUUUUGAAGAUGGCUAGGGAACUAGAAUCCAUUUCUUAUCAGGAAAGCUUUCAUGGGCCAUUCUCUUCAGCAAAUGCUGCUGUUAGCUUAAUCAUCCAACGAAUAGAGCAGCUGUAGGUUGAGCUUUUUUUUACUGUGUACUUGGUAUUUACUGAUCAUGAAACUCGUUGGAGCUUGGGUAUUUUUGGUUGUCAAUUCUGCUUCAUUUAUGUAAUACUACCCUCUCUGUACUCUGUUAUUGGCGUAGAAUUUUUUAUUCUUUUUAUUGUUCA